UUAAACUUUAAAGUAUGGUUUUUGCUGUAGGCUUUUGAUAGCUGUCCUUUAUCAUAUUAUGCAAAUUCACUUCUAUUUUUUUUUUUUAAUCAGAUGUUGAACUUUAUUAAAUGCUCAUGGUAGAUGCCUCUAAUCAGCUUAAGAAAGGUCCUUUCUCUACUGUCUUGCUGAGAAUUAUUAUCAUGAAUGGAUGUUGAGUUUUAUCAAAUGCAUUCUCUGCAUCUAAUAAUAUGAUCCUAUACUUUUUCUCCCUUAAUCAAUUGAUGUGGUGAAUUAUACUAAAAGAUUGCUUAAUGUUAAACCAGCCUUGUGUUCCUUUGGUAGACCCAUCCUGGUCAUUAUAGGUUAUUAUUUUAUUCAUUGCUGGAUUAAAAUUUCUAAUAUCCUAUUAAGAUUUUUGAAUCUGUGUUCAUGAGUGAGCUUAGUGUGUAAUUUACCAUGGUCUCUGGUUUUGUUAUCUUGAUUAGGGCAACCUCUUAAAUGAGUUGGGUAGUGUUUCCUAUUUUUCUUUUCUCAGGAAGAAGUUGUGUAAGAUUGGAAUUAUUUGUUCCUUGAACGUUUAUUAAAAUUCUCUUGGAAAAGCCAUUUGAGCCUAGUGUCUUCUAAAUGGAAAAAUAUUUCACUACUAAUUCAAUUUAUUUAUUGGUUAAAGGACUACUCAGACUGUCUAUUUCUUCUUGGUCAGUUUUUGGUACGUUAUAUUUUUCUCAAAAUUCGUACAUAUUACUAAAUUACCCACCAAUCAUGGCUCCUUUGCCUGUUACUUCACCUCUUGUCAGUACAAAGAGCUCCCAUAUCUUCUCCCCCCUCAAAUUUUCAGUUUUCAACAUUUUACCACAUUUAUACUAUCUUUUGUAAUCCUUUCUCUCUCUCUUACCUUUGCACACCACUCCCCCUCAUUCUUUUUUAUGAAUCAUUUGAGAGCAGGUUAAAGACAGUAUACUCAAUUCCACCCUGCCCCCAAAUAAGGACUCUAACUCAUGCUAAUUCAUCCAUCCAAAACAAGAAAUCACCAUGGAUUGGACACUACUGUUCAACCCACAGGCCCUUUCAAAUUUCAAAAAGUGUUUCAACGUGUCAUUUUCCUUUCUGGUUCAGCAUCCCAUCCAGAAUCACUGAGUUUUGCAUCUUGUUAGUUUCCUUCAACCUGGAACAUUUUCCUCAGUCUUCCCCUCUGUUUCACAACAUUAACAGUUUUAAAGGGUACAAGCUUUUCAUUCUGUAAUAUUUCUGUCAACGAGGGUCAUUCUGAGGUUUCCUCACAACCAGACGCAGGUGGGAAUGCUGCAGAAGAUGCUGUGCUGUUUUCCAUGGAUGACUUCAGGAAGCAACUCUGUGUUAACUCAUCCUACCCCUGGUGAUGCCAACCUCAAUCAUUUGGCAAGUUUUUACAAGAUAUCGAGUAUAGUUCCCUGUGCUAAACAGUCCUGUUGGUUGGGAAUCUUGGUCUUAGCAGUGUGUUUAUUUGGACAGAAUCCUUUCACAGCAAAACAAGCUGAGGUCCCAUGGAACUCAUCAUCCAUACAUAGAAUCUAUACUGGAUUUGUUGAUACUGGUGAUGUUUGGCAGAGACUGAAUACCUGGCUUGUAGAAGAAAAUGUACCUCACACUCGGUCUUGCUCUCGUACGUGGAAGGCACACAUGACCGGUGACCAUGUCUUCUGCAUGCCUGGAGAUAAGGCGGCCACAGGACCAAUAGGGACUCCUGGUGGCCAGUGCACCCUUGUACAAAGGAUUGGCCCUAAUUUGGUCAUUUCAGGCAAAGAUGUAACUAUAAACACCACCCUGAAUCCAGAAAUUAAGGUUUCCCAAGCAGUUCUUGGAAGGCAGUUCCUGGCAGCGCUAAAACCCCAAAGAAGCAAAGAGAAGCCAAAACAAAAUCCAGAUACCCUUCAUGGAACGUUUGCUUUGUUAUGGAGGGCAGUGCUGCCAAAGAGAAAUGACUUCUCGGGUUUUCCAUAUAUUGUCCCUAAUGGUGUCCCCAGAAAAGUAAACUUGGUGCCACAUAGAUUAAUGUGCUACAAAGUAAGACUGUCCAGGAACCCUGAGAACGUCUGUGCCCCAUGAGAUGGGAAGGACAGGCAAGCCCACUUCCUAUGUUACCCUGGGUCACUCUACCAUAGGCAGCCUGGGAGUGGGCAGGCACUGGGCCUGAUACCACGGUCCAAAUGGGGUCAGGGUCCCCAUUAAUGUGGCAUGCUCUGGACUGGGUUUGGGCAUUUCUGAAUCAGCAGCCUGAAGAGGUUCUCUAAUUAGACAUGUCAGAAAUCAACAGAAUUUGGAGGGAGGGGUAGGGAUGAGAGGACAGGUAAGAGGAAAUAGAGAGGAAACUAAUGCUGAUGGAAUAGCUGCUUGCAUCAGUCAGCUUAUGUAACAAUGAUGAUAGUAAUAAUAAUGGUAUCUUAUAUUACUCAGCAUUUACUAUGUUCCAGGCUCCGUUCUAGCUACUUUACAUAUAUUAUCUCAUUUACUCCUUUCCGCAACCUUAUUAUGAAGUGGGUAUUUUUAUUAUUAUCCCUGCUUAUAAGAACCAAGACACUGAGUACCUUGAUCAAGCAGACACAGCUUGAGAGGGGUGGGAGCAGGAUAUAUAUGUUCAUCACUUCAUUUAAUACUCACAACAACCCGAUGAUAUAGAUUUUCAUCAUCUCCAAUUUACAGGCAAGAAACUAAGGCCCUUGGACCAGCAACAUCAGCAUCACUCAGGAGCUUGUUAGAAAUGCAAAAUCUUUGGCCCCACUUCAAACCUACUGAGGCAGAAUCUGGACAGAACCACCGGUCUAGACCAGAGGGCCCAGCGAGUCCCAAACUUGCACGUGCAUGUAAACCACAAAACUCCUGUUUUUGCAAGAAGACCAGUUUUCCUGGUUAUGCAUAUAAAUCAAGAUGAGGAAGCAGAUAUGUUCAUGGAAAAACACCCAAAGGAAAACAGGCAAAACCAGACAAAUCAGUCAUCAAUGUCUCCGAACUCAGAUUCUGUCUUGCCUGUGAAACAGUGUUCAUGGUACAUCUGCUAAAAAGCUGAUGUCCAGUUCGGUGGACUUACAUUCCCUUGAGGACAAAGCCUACACUGAAAUCCUCUUCAGGUGAGCACAUGGCUUCUGUCACUUUCUGGUAACUUCCACAACCAGCCAUUACAGAUUUUUAACAACAUACUCCAAACAUAAUGUACUUAAGUCAGAAGCACCAUUGCGCUUUAUAAAUGUGUUCUCCUCCCUUUUCACUCCCUACCUCCUCAACAUUUAUUUCUUCAAAGAACUGAUAACUCAAAUCCUGGUCAUUAGAUCAAUGAUAAUAAACAUCAUGUCCCAAAUGACUUCAGCCCUGCCAUUAUGCCACCAGGGGGGAAUCUCAAAGCAGCACUUUCCAUACCGUCUUCUGGGAGAACACAGAAGUCUUCAAAGUCUGCAAGUUCAGAUUGUGGCUGUUCAACAGGUGAGUGGUCAGUGGCUGAUGGAUUUGGUGAGAGGCCUGUUGGCAAAUUUACCUUCAAUGACUAAGUGGCCUGCAUGUACCUUACAACUUUGCCUCCUAAUAAACCAAUAAAAGGCACCUUUAAAAAUUCUCUUGGAUAUUUUCAGUGAUUUCUGAAUUACUUUAGGAAGCUCUGACACAUUGUGUAGAGUUUUCUGUGUGUGUCUCAUGAAAUCCAGAUCAUGUUUUGUAUUAAGAGUUACGUUCACAAAGCCCCGUGACUUGACCUCUGUUGAGUCAGUGUUUGGGAGUGUGUUUUGUGAUGCUUGCAUUCGUGCUUCCUCUCCAUCUUCAUCCUGGGAAGAAUCCACAGGACCUUAAGCAAUACGGAAGCAUUAGGAAAAAUACAUAAAUAUCAGGCAGCUGUAGAGCAUCAUAAAUUGUGGACAGAAGCACUUUAUCUUUUCCUCUUUUUCCACUUGAGCCUCUGGGAAUGAAUCUCCACAGAGUGUCAGGAUUGGUAAGUCACUCUAUACGUGUUGGCACAGUGCUCCUCUGACAUGUUGAGCUGGAGAUGAUCCGUGUCUUAAUGUGAGGGCUUUGAGGUGCUGAUCUGGGAAUCUUUCUCCAACUUGCUGAAUAAUGUCCUCCACUGUUGGAACAUUGUUUAUAAUAACCUCAAAGGUUAGUUGAGAUUCUAGGUUACCUUGGCAAGCCCUGCAGAACUUCCCACAAAGUUUCAUUUGAAUAUCGUGUUUAGUGACCAAAUCUGUGGCUUCCUCAAACCAGAAAUCAUAAUAAAACUCCCUGUUUUCCAUCACUUCAUUUUUGAAUGUGACACAGUAGUCGAGCAGCUGGCUGCCAAGAAGAUGCCAGAAGUUUGUCGCUGGAUUUUUUUUCCCCAACAGCUCUUGUUAAGAUGGGACAUUUUUAAGAAGGACAAAUGAAACCAAUGAAAUAGAAAUCUGUUAACAUACUACAGAGCACAAAUGCUUGACCAGCUAUAAAGCUAUUCCCUCCAGCCUGUGUCAUUCUUUAUACUGUCUUUAUAUAAAACAAAGGCUUACAAGAGCUCCACUUACAUUUCAAAAGCACAAUAUCCUCCUGCCUAUUGAAGAAGUCCCAUUUCCUUCAGUUAGUAUACCUUUUUCCACGCUCUAAAAAUGGCAGCUAUUACAUUGUCAAAUCCUAUAAGCAGCUGCAGCGACUGUUGAAAAAGAGAACGGCCUUCCUCAGGUGUUCUUAAUGCAAUAACAAUAACAAGCCCUGACUUUCCAUGAAGAGCAGAGUGUAUAGAUACCCUGGGAAUAUUUCUGUAAAAGCUGAGUGGGCAGGACUUUCAUUUUGGAAAGCAGUUCACUGGACACAAUAUAUACCUGACCACAUCACUACUCCACGAUCAGGCUCCACUGUGUGUAUGGAGGACAUUCUUGACAGGGAGAAAGAGUGAUUCUUUCUAACGAGGGAAAGUUAGUAGCAUAUGAACUGAGGACAAUAAUGCUAGCUCACACUGAGGAUUACCACAUGCUGAACGGUGUGCCAAGUACAUUUUAUUAUUAUAAAUACAUUGCAAUAAUUAUGUAAUUAAACAUUCAAUUAUCAUAUUGCAAUGCACUAACUUUUUAAGAAAUCAGUCUUUCUCCCUGCUCAAAAUGUGUAGUAUCUUCUAUACACAUACAAGUACUUUUAUUAAGUCCUUACUACGUGCUGGGCAUGGUGCCAGAUUCUAUACAUACAGUUAAAUAUUACUUCAUUAUCUGUGGUCUCAGUUGUCACACAGAGAUACAUUUUUCCAGAAUGAGAAUCCCCCCCUUCAACCUUGUGAAUUAAUCGGUCACUUAACAAAAUUUUAUUUUACUCCACACCUUUGCAGAAAGAAAACUAAAUAAGGCCUUUCAAAGUUGCCAGGAAUGGAUUAUAUAUAAAUUAAAUGCGUUCAGUUCAACACAUUUUGAUUACAUACUCUGUUUCAGGUGGUUCUGAAUCAGACACAUUUCUUCAGUUUUGUGAUUUAAGAACAUCAGUGCGAGUUGCAAAUACUCAGCACACAAGUGCCCCGUGCUCCCAGGAGCUUGGGCACAAGCCACAGCAAGAGAGACUGGCUCUUGGCCUGGGGUACAGUUAGGGCAGAACCAGCAGCAAAGCCCUUUACUCAGCUGCUGGGAUCCCUUUUCAUGGAAGCCCCAAGGCAGGACCACCUCAGCCCUGUUCCACAGCCAUUUCCUCUGUAACUUAGCAGCUUCUGGCUCCUGCCCUCAACACUCCAUUGAAAGGUUCUCCAAGUUCCUUCCUUUUGCCAAAUCCUGGGGCCUUUCCAUUACCCUUCCUUUAGGGAUACCAGAUUUAACAAAUAAAAAUACAAUGUCCAGUUAAAUUUGAAUUUCAGAUAAAUAACGAAUGAUAUUUUUAGGACAGAUCUUCCCUGACUUGUGAUGGGGUUACGUCCUGAUAAACCCAUCAUAAAUUUAAAACAUCAUAAGUCAAAAAUGCAUUUAACACACCUAACCUACUGAACAUCAUGGCCCGGCCUAGCCUACCUUAAAUGUGCUCAGAACACUUAUAUUAGCCUAUAGUUGGGCAAAAUCAUCUAACACAAAGGCAAUCUUAUAAUAAGUUAUUGAAUAUCUCGCGUAAUUUAUUGAAUACUGUACUGAAAGGGAAAAACAAUAGCUGUCUGGGUACAGAAUUGUUGUAAGUGUACAGAUUGUUUACUGUCGUGAUCACGGUCUGACUGGGAGCUAUGGCUUGCUGUCCAGCAUCACGAGGGAGGAUCAUACUGCACAUAGGUAGCCCGGGAAGAGAUCAAAUUCAAAAUUCAAAGUAUGGUUUCUAUACAACAUGUACCACUUUCACACCAUCAUUAAGUCGAAAAAUCAUAAGUCGAGUCAUGUAAAUUGGGAUUAAGUACAUCAUUUGUAUACUUAUUAAACUUAUACUAAAAAAAUCAUUUGUUGUUCAUCCAAAUUGAACUAGUAAUCUUGUAUUUUAUCUAAUAACCCUACUUCAUUCUCUUUGUAUCCUCUGGGUACUUGAUCCCUGAAACUCUCUUCCUUUGGGUAGUAUCAAUUCAUCACUUUCCCUUUUUCUGCUCCUCCUGCCUGGUUCAGUUGAGUUCUCCAGCCUGUGCUGUAACAUCAGCAUGUAACCCUAAGCCUCUUCUUUUCUCUC